GCCAUCCACAUCUAACAGAUUUCAUUCAGUGAGUGGCCGCUCCGCGAGAACAACAGGCUACCUCCCUCUGUCCUGUGAUGCUGCACAGCUAUGGGACAAAGGAAACAAAAAAACCCACUGAAUCAAGGUUGCUAUCUAACAAAGAGCCAUAAAAUCAACAUCAACAUGGGAUCCUAAAUUAUGGGAUCAUUGUAAAGACAGCUCCUUUUUUAUUAUUUACAUGUUUUAUAACCUUAUCGGCUAUUUACUGUAAACAAAUCACUCCAUAGCCAAUACUCUUAAGUGUUUAACGAAAGAAGUUGAUGUUCUUCUGUAUUCAGUCAAGCUACCACUGUCAUUGUUUAGUGGCUUUCAAGGAUAUUUUGGCCCUGAUGUUGUGCUGAGAUACAGGCUUUUUGUGACAGAACAGCGCUGCUGUAAAUAGAGAUGUGGAAUAAAACAUGCACAUAACUAGAGGGGCUCAGUCCGCCCAAGUCCUUACUGGCAGGGCAGAGUUUUUACUCAAGCAUCCAGCCCUGCAGCAGCUCCACCGUGUCCUCAUGUGGCACUAGUUACUGACUGACUUGUCAGCACAGCCAGGAGCCGAAGGAACCUGAAAGUCCAGCUGCGCCAUGACUUCGUCGGACAAUGAUGAAACGGGGAGUGACCUGUCUGAGUCUCUGGAGAUCCGUGAGCUCCAGGACCAGUACAUGGACCCAGAGAACUGCUUCAAGUCCAAAAGCUUACCCAUCCUGAAUGGACCCUGUCAACCGGAUCGGAAGGCGGCGGAGCCUCGGCUGGUCAACACUAACCGCACCUGUGUGGCCGUGGACGAGAGCAGCGAGCUCCAGCCUAAAACCCCAGACUCGAGCCAAGCAGAGUCCCCCUCCUCCAGGACAGACUUCUCCCCCUCUGUCUCAAGCAUGGUGGGACUCAGCAGCUCUCUGCCUGUGGAGGGUCACAGGGGGGCUGGCUCUGGAGGCAAAAAACUUGGUUUCUCUCUUACCCGCCUUAUUCACAUCCCAGCCAGGAAGUAUGUGCGGGUCAUCCUGAGGGACUCGCGCUGCUUCCUGUUCUGCAUGUGCUACCUGACCUUCAUUCAGUCCCUGAUGGUUUCAGGCUACCUGAGCAGCGUCAUCACCACCAUUGAGAAGCGUUACAGUCUCCGCAGCUCAGAGUCCGGCCUGUUGGUCAGCUGUUUCGACAUCGGCAGCUUGCUGGUGGUGGUCUUCAUCUCCUACUUCGGCGGCAGAGGUCAGAGGCCACGCUGGCUGGCUGUGGGUGGUGUGGUCAUCGCUGUUGGGGCGGCGUUGUUUUCCCUGCCCCACUUCAUCUCACCACCCUACCAGAUCCAGGAGAUGAACUCAUCAGCGGGUCACGAAGGCCUCUGUCAGAGUGGUAACAACAGUGGGCGUGACCUGCUCGACGUUUCAUCAUGCCCUCGCGACCAGGAGGGCAAUGAGCACAACCUGUAUGUGGCUCUGUUCAUUUGUGCCCAGAUACUUGUGGGCAUGGGGUCAACGCCAAUCUACACCCUGGGGCCCACCUACCUGGAUGACAAUGUGAAGAAAGAAAAUGCAUCUCUCUACCUGGCCAUCAUGUAUGUGAUGGGAGCCCUGGGACCUGCAGCUGGCUACCUGCUGGGUGGCGUCCUCAUCGGUUUCUACGUCGACCCCAAAACUGUAGUGAACAUAGACCAGAGUGACCCUCGCUUUGUUGGCAACUGGUGGAGUGGCUUUCUCUUGUGUGCCAUAGCCAUGCUGCUGGUCAUCUUUCCCAUGUUUGCCUUCCCCAAAAAGCUGCCUCCCCGCCACAAAAAGAGGAAGAAGAAAAAGAUCAGCUCGCCAGGUGACGUGUCCAGUGAUGAUGAUGUGAUGAAGGAAAAGUCCAGUAGCAAAGGCCAGAACGUCUCCUCCUCCAUGGGCUUUGGGAAGGACAUCAAAGACCUCCCCAAGGCAGCGCUGAGGAUCCUCAGCAACAUGACCUUCCUGUUUGUCAGUCUGUCCUACACGGCGGAGUGUGCCAUCGUCACCGCCUUCAUCACCUUCAUUCCCAAAUUUAUCGAGUCCCAGUUUGGUAUCCCUGCCUCCAACGCCAGCAUAUACACCGGUGUAAUUAUUGUCCCCAGCGCCGGGGUGGGCAUCGUGUUGGGGGGCUACAUCAUCAAGAAGCUGAAGCUUGGUGCCAGAGAGUCGGCCAAGCUGGCCAUGAUCUGCAGCGGGGUGUCUCUGCUCUGCUUCUCCACGCUCUUCAUAGUGGGCUGCGAGAGCAUCAAUCUGGGAGGCAUCAACAUACCUUACACCACUGGCCCGACCCUGACGAUGACCCACAGGAACCUGACGGGCAGUUGCAACGUGAACUGUGGCUGCAGGAUCCACGAAUACGCUCCAGUCUGCGGCUCUGACGGCAUCACCUAUUUCAACCCCUGCCUGGCUGGGUGCAGCACUGUGGGCAACGACAGCACUGGGAUAAGGAACUACACUGACUGCGGCUGCGUGCAGAGCAGGCAGGUCAUCACUCCGUCCUCCGGCGGCCAGGUCAACCAGCUCCAGCUGGUCAUCGUUAAAACCUACCUGAACGAGAACGGUUAUGCUGUGUCGGGGAAAUGCGACCGCACCUGCAACACGCUCAUCCCUUUCCUCAUCUUCCUCUUCAUUGUCACGCUCAUCACCGCCUGUGCCCAGCCCUCCGCCAUCAUCGUCACACUCAGGUCUGUUGAUGAGCAAGAGAGGCCUUUUGCUCUUGGGAUGCAGUUUGUCUUGCUACGAACUCUUGCCUAUAUCCCCACACCCAUCUACUUCGGUGCUGUGAUCGACACCACCUGCAUGCUGUGGCAGCAGGACUGCGGCGUGCACGGCUCCUGCUGGGAGUACGACGUCACCUCGUUCCGUUUCGUCUACUUCGGCCUGGCCGCUAGCCUAAAGUUCGUCGGCUUCAUCUUCAUCUUCCUCACCUGGUACUCGAUCAAGCACAAGGAGGAGCGGGCCGAGCGCUGGCGCCAGCACCUGCCUCCGCUGGGCACCGUCAGCGAGCUCAUCUGCCACGCCGGGGGCCAGAAGAGCCAUGCCCGCACCCGAUCCUGCCCGGUGUUCAUCCCGCCUCGGCCCGAUCCGCCGGCCGCCCUGCUGCUCAACCGCGGCCACAGCAGCCUCAGUUGCCCCGGCAACGCACUCAAAGCAAUAACCCCGCCUAUCCUUUUGCCAGACCACCACAGAGGCUCUGCCCAUGUCUGAGAGCAUGCCAAGCCUCCCUCUGAGGGUUCACUGAGACAUGUGCCUUCCUGUUUGUGUCUCUGCACCACAGUGUCUGCUUCACACCAAUCAGACACCAGGCGGGGCUCCAAUGCUGCUGUCAGACUGACAGGCAGAGACGCAAGUAUACGCCCACCAUACUUAAAGGGCUGCUCAUUGUUGUUUAUGAUCACAGGAAACUGACAGAUGUACUUUCACUCCGAGCGUAUCAUCAGCUGCAGUCACACACAGAAGGUCACGCCUCCACUUCAAGGAUCAGAUGUAAAGAAAUCACAUGGUGCUACUGUUAAAGGGCAGGGCAUUAUAAUCUCUGUACAGACAGAUGAGUCAUGAUCAACACGGCGUAUAAAGCACAACUGACAAACCUGUACUAUGCAAGAUCCUCUGUACAGCUCCUCCCUUCUCAGUACUGUACAGCUUCCCCCUAUAUUCUACAUCUGUACCUCUUUUUCCGCUCAAUUCACACAUCCCACCAUGUUGUCGGCUCAUUCAGGAUCCCAUUCUUCCUUACAGUCUGAGCUGUGAACAUAUUGGCCCCCUCUCUCGUAUUUGAGCCAUUCAUGGUCUGUCUGGUUAACGUGUUGUUUUUCUCUUCCUUUUUCGUAACAGUGCCUCUCAGGCUGUCUCGGCCAGUCCAGUAUACAAAGCUAGCUACCAGGGUAAAUGCUAGCUACCGAAAAGCCAGUCACUGUCCUCUUAGUUGAGCGACAAUAUUCUGCUUUGUUGCCCUCAGCUUUUGUGUUUGGGCACAGUGGUCACUGAUCUCGAGUCAUUGCACCGGGUGGUCAAAGUUUUUCACCUUGGCAAGGUAACCAUGUAGCUUAAAGCCGACAAGCAUCAAUGGUACAGUGUAUAAUGACUUUUAUGACGAGUCUCGUCAGUGAGCAAGAUAUCUAUAUUUCAUUACACGUAACACUACUUUAUUAUUACAUUCUGUAAUAAUUAAUCAAAUGGCAAACAGGAGAAAGUAACAAGAACGCUGUCUCAUCUCUGACCAUGUGCUGAAGCUACUGUAUGUCCUAAAGAUGUGAAUGUACGACAAAACUGGAAAGGAGAAUUAAAAAAAAAAAAAAAAAAUAAAAUAAUAAUAAUAAUAAUAAUGUGGCAAAGCUGCUGUUUUAAUAACAAAUUUGACCCCAAAAUGUAACUCUUUCAAAAUAAAAUUAUUUGUAGCUAAUCUACCGCAACAAAUAACAGAUAAAAACAUGCAUCAUUUUGGCUUUGUGUCGUAAUAGCUUCUCCAUUUCAAUGGUCAUCAGAUGUACAUAGUAGUUAUCUAGUAGUCUAGGCUUUUAAAAAAAAAAGUACAGCAAGCAUGUUAAACAAGGAACCCCGUUUUAUCAGUGAGAGGAAUCUGACAUUGAUAAUUCAGUUCCUGGGUGUUUGGGGCCCUCUAGUGGACAGAGAGAUGAUUGUGUGAAGGCCAGUGAAUGUUGCUGUUGGUCAGACCUACUGUACUAUGAUAUCCUUGGUUUAAAAGGUUAAUUAUUAAACUUAAUCACUGCACUGAAUUAAGCACUCCAGUAUCCCAAAGAUAUACCUGAGCAAAAGAUGAACUGCUUUCUUUCACAUGUACUCUGCACGCUACGUGACCACAUCAAAUUAAAAAAAAAAAAAAAAAGAAGAAAAAUCCGCAGGUUUGGUGGUGAUGUGGCAUGGAUCAGAUUUAUGGGUCUGAGCAGAGGCAUAUUGAAACUUUUUGAAUGAGCCAAAACUGUUAGAUAAAUAGAAUUUCCUUUUACCUUGGGUUCAUGUUAUAUCUAAAUUAUUAUGGAUUUGCUUUCCUUUCAAAUGGGAGAGACAGAGUUGAUACAGAAGUGAAGAAGGUGGUAUUAGAUAUAUCAAGCGCAUACGCAAAGUCAAAUCUAUGGCACAUGUUUUUUAAAAAUUAUUUUUAGGUGGUAUUUUUUUUUCUUUUGUAAGGGAGGAUAUAAGUCUAAUAAAGUAACUGUAGUUUAUAUUGUAAUCAGUAUGAAUUCAUUUUAGCUGUUAAACGUUUGCAUAGAAGUGGUGAAUCCAGUGCAGAUGCAGUGAAUACAUUUUAAAAGUUAACAUUUUUGGCCAGGUUUCAUGGUAUUCUGCCAGGUAAAGAUUAUCAUGUGGGUAUUGGCAGUGACUAAUUUUAGUAUUAUUGUGACUUAGUACCUCAAAUUACAUAUUCAUAAGUGAUCAUCAUGUAAAUAUUGACAAAGCAAAUGAAGCGUAUUAUAGAGCUCACACAAUAGUUAGAAGCAUAUUUAUAAACUAACCCAUGACAUUGUAGUUAAAAAUAAAUAAAACUUAAAGCUACAAAAAAAACAAAAAAAAAAACAGUGGAUUUGUCUGACGGUGCCUGAACAGUGUUAUUCACAUGGGAAGGGUUGAGUUCAGAUUAUACCAUGGGGGCGGGGGGGAGUUCGGUUAUUGCAAUGUAUAUUUUCUGUCAAGAGGACGACACAACUGAGUGAAUUUAAAAGUUGAAGUUUUGCGCCCCAGAAUGUCCUUCUCUCCAUCUGUAAUGAUUCUCUACUCUUCCCUCUGUGCUCCGUAUUUAUCUCGCUCUCUAAAAAGGAAUACCAGUGCAGGAUUAUUGAUCAGAUCCUACGCUAAUGGAAAGCCAGAAGUGAUCUUUGCUGAGUCAUCUUACAGUUAAAUAUUUAUUCCAUUCACUGAAAAAAUUCUGGGAAAAUGCCUUAUGAACUUUUUUUUUUUUUUUUUUUUUAAAGUAUAUUAGUUUUAAAAAAUUGAACAAAUAAAAAUCAAAGUUUGUGUUAAUUCUGAGAAAGCAAUAAGUUGCUGAAGGCCAUGCAUUACAGUGAUUUAAUGACCAAGUUACAGGUCAGAAUUCUCCCUCCAACAAGGAGGUGAACUAAACCUCUUUGCAGAGAAGGGUAGAGAAUCAUCCAGCAAUGACACACAGAUCGUUAGACACAGUAAAUGCAAGGAUGUUUGACUCAAUUUUCCUGUACUGUACACAUGCUACUUUGAAUUCAGCAUCCUGCUGUUCAAAUUGCCUGGACGACGACUACUGACACAGACGACUUCAGGUUGACUGUAAAAUUUGCUUUAACACAUUGUCCUUUCAUCAGUAUUUGAACUGAGAGUGAAUUUCCCGGACAGAACAGAAGCUGUAUUCUGAAAGUCGAGCUCUUAUUGCCUUGUGUUCCUCAGGAGCAGAAGUCUAAUUGAUGUUUGUGAACACUUGGU